AGCAAAAUGAGUUACGAAGUGACGGAAGAAACAGCCUUCAAUGGCGACGAUCUGAUGAGCAUGGGUCAGUUCAACAUGACCCAGCCGCUGGAGGAUAUGAAGCUGGACAAAAACAUGGUAUGGUUGCUGGUGUCGCUUCUUUCUUCGAUCGUUUGGAUGGUGUACAUCACGUUCUACAAUUCCCGGCUGUUUGGUUGCAUCAUUACAAAGCUGGCGAAUCGGUUGUACGUGCGUGGUGCUUACUUUAAGAUCGGUUCUCUCAAUGUGAAUCCUCUCGCUGGGAAGAUCAUGUUCCGGGAUGUGGUGUACGUGUGUUUCGAUUAUACGGUGCGCGUUCAGGACGGUUACUUCAUAUUCCGUUGGUGGCGUUCGUACGUCCCGAAGGAUGUGUCGGAAGAUUUGUCCCACUCCGAUACCCGACUGUCGGUGAUGCUGAACGGGUUCGAGGUACACAUCUACAAUCGGUCCGAUCUGUACGCACGGUUGGAGAAAACGUUCGGACUGAAACCGUCCGUGUUGGUACCGACCGAGGACAUGAAUGCGGAGGAAAUAGCAAAGUUUAAAGAACAAAUUAUGAACGAUGAAAACCAACGACAUAUUAGUGAAGCAUCGGCCAAGAUUAAAAAACCCCGCCCGGAAGCUAUGACGGCAACAACGUGGCGUGAUCUAAUCCCGGUCAUCAAGAUCGACAUCUGUUCGGGACGGUUUGCGUUUGGGAAUCGUCUGACGCCGACGACGCUUUCGCUAUGUGUGGAGGAAGCGCACUGCGUUUACAGUACGAAACCGGCCGUAUCGAAGCUGGACCACUUUAUGCACUUCGUCAAGGCGAAGGUAGAAAAUGCGAAGGUUUUGCUUGCGCCGAGCCCCAAAUUUACCGGUAUGGUAGAUGAACCGCCACGCUACAUGGGCGAAGGCUUCGUGGUGAUGAUGUCGAACCUGAUGGAACUGUACUUCUACAUGGACGAGGCGGGCAUUGUGCCAGAAGAACCCGUUACACUGACGCUUGCCAAUGGAGAUGUGGUGGAGGCAGCGCCACCGGUCUGGGGAAUCGAUAUCAAGUGUGGCAAGGGUACGGACUUUAGCUACGGUCCGUGGGCCGAUCGACAGCGUGACCAUCUGUUCAAGUUUUUCUUCCCGCCCGAUUAUCAACCCAUGGCGGUAACGAAACCACCCAAACCGGGUGAUCGACGUGAGGUGCGAUCGUUCGACAUCAGUCUCUGCACACUGAAUGAAGCAACGAUCGAUGUGUUGUUUUCGAAGAACAAGGAAACGAACGCAGUGCAUGUGAACAUUGGUGCGGGAUCGUAUCUGGAAGUGACGUUGCCAUGGAUAAUUCUGCAGGAUGGUAUGGCAACGAAGGUGACCGGACAGUUGCUACACGUAGAAGCCACAACCAGUUUGCAGUAUCGUAGCUUGGCCGAGUGUGAAACGCUGCAAUUUAAUGUUCAAGUGCAUUACCCAAUCAAAUGGAACGACCAUCAAGAGUGGACAAUUAAUCUGACCGGCAGCAAAGCAACCGCUUACAUCGUUUUCUCCCACAAGGAGUUCUUCCAGGAUUUGAUCGAAGAUUGGGCAUCCAAGGCACGCCCAGACAUUCUCAGCUUUGUGCCCUACACCUGGAAGUUCGGUGUCAUUCUGAAGGAGUUUGAAAUACUCACGCUAAGCAACGAAUUCAAUUGGAUCGAUUGUUCCAGCACCAACCAAGAGAACCACCAUCUCGCUUUCUGCGGUGAUCUGUUCGAUCUUAGCUUCUCCCUGCCCUUCGAUGACUUUCUACCGGUGAAGCUUCCGAUCGUGUUCUGGAUCCACGGGGAAGGACUCGAUCUAAGCAUGUACAUUCCGGAGAUAUCCAGCAGUCGACCAAUUCUACUAGCACUGGACGAGAAUGCACGCAUUCUAACGCGUGAUGGCAAUGUGAAGAAACGAUCCGAGCUGAUCAACAAAAAGUGGCGUCGUGUGUGUCAACGAGCGGUCGGUUGGAUUGACUGUUGGACGGUACCGAUAGUGGCGCUAUCGAUCAAGUACAUCUACCAUCCGAUGCCACCGCUAGGGCCUGAUCCACAGGCAGAUAUAACAACGCCGGAAAAAGAGGAAAUACUUCUGAGUCCGAUGCGUAUCCCGAAGAUGCGCAAAUCACCUGCCAUUGCGUGGACUACGGUUGGAGAAGGUGGGGCGCCACGUUUCGAUCCGACCAGUCUACCGCCGGACCAGGUAUCGGUGGAGCUAGAAAUUGGAUCUUCGGUAAUGCUAGCGUAUGGUGCGAUUCUGCGUAACUUUAUCCACCUGAAGGAGAACAUUUUCGGUGAGGAUCAAUCGUUUACCGAUAUGGAGAAUUCCAACAGUAAAAAUGCGUCACGAAGCAGUCCACUGGCUGGAGGGCUUGGGAAAUCUACCGGCUCAACAAAAGAUGAUCCUUCAAAGUCGCUAUCCGAGACGAGCCUUAACCCUGACGAGAAACCGAAGCGAUUCGAUCCACGGCUCUAUCGUCCACUGGAGGUGAUUGUAAGUGUAACAAUACACGACCUACAGGCACACGUAAUGAAGAACUGUAACGAGAAUGAUCCACCUUGUCCGAUUGUGUUGAUCGAACGGCUUGGGUUCGAGAUGAAGAAGCGUUUCUACGAAACGGAGCUGCAGGUACUUGUAAGCCCAUCGUUUCUCAUAUCUUCCGACAAUACGAUUCGUCCCGGAAAGGAUAAACAUCUACGGCAGGGUCAUCUGUUGCUCUCGGCGGUCCAAGUCAGAGGACAUGCGAUGUUUAGCAACGAAGGCCGUCAGCUGGAAGAGGAAACGCUCGAGUACGCUUGGCUACUGGAAGUACAGCUUGGGAAGUUAUCGGGUAAAAUGACAUUAUCACAACUUUGUAACGUUGUAACUGGAUUGGAAACUCUCGCCUUUCUUACGAUGGAUUCGGAGAAUGAAUUGAAAUCACCAAAAACUGUCCGUUACUGUCAUCACGGAGUUCCGUCAAGCUCGUGCCCACACACGAAGGAAGACGCCAAAUAUCGGUGUCCUUCGACGGAAGAUAUCAAGUACCGAAUGACGCGUGUUGCCGUCGAUGCGGUCGAUCUGUAUCUGAUAGAAAAUGGAACCGCUAUGCAUACGUGGAUAUCUCCGGUCCGUUUGGCCACAUGUAAUCUGCACGGCCAGCAAGUAAAAUCGGGCAUAACGGGGCUCGUUCCUACAAUACUCCUCCGCCAGUUUGUCUCCACCGGUGGACAUUUUAGUCAGUACAGUAGUGGCAAUUCGCAUAGCAAUACCAACACUACUGGCAGUAGCCGGUCAGCUAAGCUACACCAUCAAAACUCAACGAAACAUGCACCGGAAGAUGGCUAUCGCAAGUCGUCCGAUGAGACGGGUCCAAUCUAUCGACGCACCACGAUGGAUGAUGGUGGACCGAUGAUAACGUCCACCGGGUCUGGUUCAUCGGCGGGAGUUAUAAAGUCCGGAAGGCGUGAUAAUGCAGUAGAACCACCGUACCCCCAGCACAGAAAAGACUCCAAGGAACAUAGGGACGACCCGUACGGGUCAAUGUCGAGCCGAAAGGGUCGUUCGGAUCGAACGGAAGAUCCUUCCAUUCACUAUCGACGUGACAACAAGGAGGAUCCUUACGCUUCGCUUCAUUCGGCAAGGAAUAGUGGACGUGAAAUUGAUUCAAACGAACCCUGGCUAGAGGUCGGUUGUGUGUCACUUGGACCGAUUAUUAUAGAAGCAGCAUCGGCGCUUCCCAUACCGGAGCAUUGCUUGCAUUUGGUGCAGCAUAGCUACCUAAAAGUGCACGAUGAAAAGAACAAGAAACUCUGGUUCCUCUGGUCCACCAGCACAGACCCGGUACGAUGCGGAUGCGUUGGUGGUUGUGCCUUCUUUGGCACAAACCGCAAUGGACCACGAUUCUUUAAACCCUGUGCCCAAGACAUUCAGGAAUUUAUCAACAUCGCUCGCUAUCACAUCCACCCGAACCCACGGGAGUAUGGCUUUGGGCAGAGUUUACUGCACGAAGGUCAGCUCGUGUUUCACACACCACCGUACAGCUUGCAGCCAGUUUCCUUGCAGGAAUGCUACGAGUACAUUGGAAAACCAAAUCUCCAUCGCUCUGGUCAUCGACAUCCGCCAGCACAUGGAGGUGGUGCACCGUCUGCCUGUUGUGGCACUGGUAUAACGAUGGACAGCAAGUCACCUCAUUUGCCGCAAAAGCACGAGGCGAUGCUAGUGCAAAAAACGACAUCGGCUGAAAUUUCACCCAACAAUACUCUUAUUCGGGGUGCUAGUGGAGGUGUUUCCGCAGGCAGUGGUGCGACAACACUGUCCGGAACCGGUCCAGGAGAACGAUCCGGCAAAUCUUCCCUGGAGCGAGUGAAGGAGAAAGACGUUGGAUCGCCGCACGGUUCGGAUCGUGCACGCGGAAGACGAUUUUCGUACACCAGUGGAAGACAAAGCACAAUUCCACACGAUGUUCCGUACUGCCGUCUGCUGGAUUCCAGCCCAAAAACCACCGCAAACAGCUCGAAAGUGUCCACCCCGACGCCCGGUCGCAUGGAUGGAACGGAAUCCCGGCUGCUAACGCCGAAAGGAUUUAAGGUGCCAGAAUCUUACGCUCCCAAAAUGUACGCUUCCGACUCGCGACUGACAGUGGACAAAUAUUUGCAGGGCGAGCUGGAUGGGCCGUUCCUCUCGGAGGAUCAUCACAAUCAUCAGCAUCACCAUCAUCAUCCGGGACACUACCAGCAUCAUCCACAGUACCAGCAGCAACAGCAGCAGCAACACCAUCAUCAGAUGAUGCUAGAAAUGUCCCACUCUGCACCCUCCCCGGGACAUCCACUUGCAUCGGAUUCGGAACAAUCGCUCGGUGGAAUCCUUCCGACCAGUACCGGCAUUCGCCCGAUGCCUUCGGAUGAUGUGAUAAUGCGUGAUGUACAGCGUACCGUGUCGCUAACGUCGGAGAAUCCUUCGGAAGCGUUCUUUUCGGCGGAUGAAGAUUUGCAUGCAUCGCGCAGUUCCAGCCUCAAAGCUGGAGUGGUCGAUCACCAUCCACAUCCGGUGGCGAUACAAAAGAAACGGUUCGCAUCGGAUUUGAGCAUCGUAGGACCGAACGAGCUGGAGGGACGGCUUGCAACGCACCGGAGUGAUUACGAGAUCCAUACGCCCGAACAUCGUAGCCUCCCGAUGAGACCCCAGUCAACGGCUGAGCUGAACGAAGAGGAACGGCGGCUCCACGGUCUAGCGACACCGAUGCGUAAGUUUAGCAACAUUUCACCACGGCCCGAGUUUCGCCAUUUUAAGCCAGUUUAUGAUGUCGAUCCACAAGACUCUUCAGAAUCACAUUCGCUCUCUUCAAGUUCCUUCAUAUCGGCCCUCUCGUCACAAGAGGACAUCACGCUGGUCAAUCUACACAUGCAAAUAAACCGUCCAAUCGUCGACUCACCGCUACUGAUGGCCAGCUAUGUCACGCAUCUAGCGCAAGUACGAUGCUCCAACUGGUCCCACUGCUCCAUGCCGCUGGGAGCGGACGCUUUCUCCAUGCCGCUGUUCCAACAAAAUGAAGACGGAGGGCUUGUUUACAUAGGUGGCAAACUAAUACCACACUUCGACACGUACUCCAAUUGUCGUGAGGUCAAAAUUGUAUCGCGGUACGAUGUCCCUUUGGCGGGCAGUGGAGCCAGCAGUAAUUUGUCAGGUGCUGGGACAGGUGGAUUGUCCACCCUACCAAAACCGCAUCCCUGGGAUCCGAGCGUGCUGGUGAGGAGCAGCUUCGACAAGCAGGAGAGUAAGGAAGGCGAAAAUGAAUUCCUUAGCUCGCAAGGUGAAAUUGCGACACGCAACUCUAUUGUGGUUCGUUUUAAGGGACAGGUGGACGUGAUGCUAACACCGCUUCUACUUGAAGGUUUGCAAAGAAUGAUUGAAUCGUUGACACCAACUCUCUCUACACUGCAUCCAUUGAGCGUGAUCAAUGAUAUUCACGCAUCGUGCGUACGCAAAGUGGAAGCCGUGAAUAUACUGAAGCGUGAUCAAUCCCUGAGCUACUGGUCGCAGGUUCACUCUAAUUCGAAACGAUCAACCGCUGAGCGUAAUCUGCAAGGUCCGGGCGGACCAGUUCUAACAGACGUGUACGAAGAAAGUAUCUCCACCCAGGUGCAAGGUUUGAUCGUUCUACCAAAAAUCAAUGUUACUCUCAUUCAGAGUUCCGUUGUGGAGGAAGUGAUAUCGUUCGCUGCUCUUGAUAACGUCCAGGAGCUAAGCUGCGCAUCCUUGUUGGCCGUUUGCUUCGAAGGAGUAUCAACUCGGUUCCAUCUGGGUAAAACAACGAAAGCUUCUAUGCACACGGUCUACACACAGCCUACCGUUCGUUCCGGUGGCUUAAAGAAAAGUGGUCUGAUUCGAGGCACUCGAGCACUGUUGGCACAUCUAUCAUCCCAAACCCGCCCGGAUAACGUGCCUGGUGAACCAAUUCUUUUGGAAACAUCAGAAAAGCAGCUAGAGGAACUUAUCAUUACACUCGACAUUGGGAAAGCUCAUGCGCAACUUCGUCGCCUAAAGAACGAGUCGGCCAAUUUGCCCGAUUCGCAAAUAGUAAUAACGGCCAUACCAUCUCACCGCAGUCGUGCAAUGUUUGACUGUACCCGAAUGCCGGAUGAUACGGCAACAACUGCGAUGGAAGGCACAAGUAGCUUCAGUGGGCUGGGCUUUAUUAUGUUCGAAGGUGGACUAGAGGGUGUUAGCGUUAAGAUUGUGAAACGAUCUCAGUUUGAAAAAUCGGAAAAUGCGGAAGAAACUCUUAAACCUGAAGCGGAGACGAUACCAGCGGCAACGGUACACUCGGAUGCGAAUCAGAACAGCAUUACGUUGAACAAUCCGCUCAAUUUGGUUACACUGCUGAACGAAGCGGGUGGAAAUAUGGCUGCGGAGGCAUUGGCAAAGUUUGGCAUGAAAAAGCCGGGCACACCGAAAUCUGCCGGUGGCAGUGCAAAGGAUCGUUCGUCGUUGUUUGAUAUCAAAUCGAAGGAUAAGAUUACAACUACAACUACUACCACGACAACCACAACUACAACAACGGCGAUCCUUGGUGAUGGUGGCAAAACGUUCAAGACGAGCAUUAUUGUGCCGGAUGAGAUAGAUUUCGUUGGUGAUGGUACUCUGCCAACAUCAGCGUCACAUCAGACGCAAUCGCAACAGACAGCUGGCUCGUCUACGCAAGGAAUGUCGUCCACAAGUAAUGGACCAGGCGUUGGAACUUCAAAUGUAGGCCAGCCGCAUUCAUCUGCAAGCGCCAACGUUUCCGGCUCAAAUCGAGAUGAUCCAUCGUCAUCGAAAGCUGGUACCGCUGGUACAGUUGCACCUUGUAGCAACGACAAUGGCAAGACUUCUUCCUGUGUAAUCGAUUUCAAAACGGUUUGGUUCAACUUUGCCGCACCACCAAGAACACCGAUCACGCGGAAGAUUGACUACACGCGACUGGAUUGGAAUUUACUGAGCACAGCUUCGCCGGCCAUUACGGCCUGGAUGAAUCCGUGCAAUCGUUUCGCCAUCAAGGUGGUUGCCCUUAUGAAAGCGAUGUACAUUCGGAGGACGGCCGUAACCGUUGCACUUAUGGCCGAUGCUUGGGAGCGACCUUCGCUUCAUCGACCGGUAAAGAGCCGGUAUGGUGGUAAGUUUACGCCGCUCGCUAAAACGCUCCAAGAAGAUCCGAGCUGUCAGCUGUGUACGGUGCUGCAGAAGUUUGUGCUCGAUGAAUCUGCGGCCAAGAUUGAGUGUAUUCUGAAGCAGCAAUAUCUUCCACAGUUGAGCACAAUGCGUCAGGCUGUUAUCGUGUUAAGUCGGCAAUGGAAAAACGUCCUUUACAAUCCGAUGCUGUUCGAACAUCAGUACAAAGGAAAGCUAGCGAAACCGGUCAACGUUACAUUUGCUCUACCGCAAGACGAGGACGCCGAAGAUACGGAUGACAUCGAUACGGAUAAUUAUCCGGUAGGAGUGCGCGAAAACCAUCCACUGCUUGGGGAGGAGAACGAACACACGAUGCUGCUUGGCCAGUGCAUUCAACAACCGCAGCAGCAACAUCGUCAACAGUCGGCUGCAUCGGCAACAUCAACGGCCCCGACCCAGCAUACCACCGGUGGCCAUCAGCAGCCCCAUUCAUCGCUUCAUGUAAUCAAAAUGCCCGAUGAACCGCCGAUCCCAUCCGCGGCGACGGCAGUACAUAUCGUCACGGCAAAGCUGGCCGGCGAUUCCCUUAAUACCUCUCCCAGUACCACUAACAACUCGCACAACAACAAGCUGCGGAAGAAAUCGUCGGUAAAAAGUUUCAUUCCACCGGCAGCGCCACCGUCGCGUGCUAGCAUACAGAUGUUCCCGAUCAUCUUCGACAAGCAGCAGGACCCGGUCGGGGUCGAGUACGGUGCACUGCGCGAAGGUUCCGUACCGUCCGUGUGCAGCUCGUCCGAUUCGAUGGAUAAACCGUGGACACCGCCAGCCAACCACAAGGAAGAUCUGUAUUCGUGGAUGGCAAAGCAGCAGAGCGAAAGCACGAAGCAGCGGGAAAAAGAAAAAACUACCCAAAACAAUCGUCCUGCGUCCCAGAACCGUCCCGCGAUCCAUUCGGUGAAGUACAUGCAGGAUAACAAUCGCAUUCUGGAUGCACAUCUAAUCUUCGAACCAAUGCUAACCUGCCUCGGAGUCAUGCCACAGCAGAUGAUCAACAACGUAUCGAACAAAGACGUUUCUUCCCUAGAAAGUCUGGGAACGAAUCUUUCGCUCGUCUGUUCGUUCGAUACAAUUCGCAUCGAUAUCGUUGUCAGUGAGGCAGGCGACAGUAAGAAACCGCCGAAGCAGAAAGACCCGAAAAAGCGUGGCAAUGGCAAGUUUACGAUCAUUAUGCCCGGCGAACAGCCUGCCUUCCUGUGCGAACAAGUAGGUGUUGAGCUGGAGGUGCGAAAAAUGACCGAUGGCUUCCCGGACGACACAAAGCCUGCCAUGCUGUACGUUUCCCGUGGUCAGCUUAAAAAACACACCAGCACGGUAAUUAACUUCAGCUUAAAUGUGCGCUACAUUGCGCAGCAAGUAAACAUGCCACUGCUGCGAUUGCUUCAUCAAAUCACAAACAUGUACCAAAAUGUAAAAGACGCUCAGAAUGAGCUACGGGAAGCUCAUCCGGAAAAUGGUGGCAAACGUAGCGCACCGCUUAAGGACGAAUCUAGCCUAGCGUCUGAGAUAAACGAUCCGACACUGAUGGGAUCGCUAAAUGAACCGCUAAUGGCACACAUUGAAACGUCCGGCAUCUUUGACUACACCGACGAACGGUACGACAAGUUCAACGAGGACAUUUCAACAAUGCGGCACGAGUUGCGUCACUCGAUUAGCCGUAGCAAGAUGCCAACGCUUGGACCGUUGAUUCCGCUGACACCGUCACCGAAUUCGCGCAAUCGUCCGCAUAGCUUUGCUCAGAAACUCCGAAGCACAAGCAAAACGGUUAAGGGCAAGUUGGGCUAUACGAACCUCAACGAAACGAUCAACACACCGAUCAAGAUGAGCCCGACGACGGGUGGAGGAUUUUCAUUUACCGACGCUCAAACGAAACAGUCGCUGGAGGCAAAGAAUUCACUCACAGGCGCAGCUUCGAGCACGUUUGGAGAUUUCACUGCACCGUUUGAUCGGUCCACGUUUACCGGACCAAUUCACAGCAUUCUGGAUACACCGAAAUGUUGGAAAACGGUUUACCAUUUGCUGGAUCUUUACUCAGCAAUGCCGGAAACGAAAACAAUCGCUCACCGUGUAUCCAUUUCACCCGACGCAGUGGAACAGAUUAAAGCCAGAAAAUACAAUCUACUUCACGAAAGCAAGACACUUCGCGAUGAGGAAGAACUCAUCGGAAGCCACGGAACAACGGGCGGUAAUGGGGCCGUUAAAGAUGUCGGCGUUAUAACACAGGAACGUACACGUUUGGUUGUUUUCGGUGUGGCAAAGAUACACCGCACCAGACUGCUGGCUUCAUUGAGUGGUUUGAAGCUGGAAGCGGAAAUUACUGCCCUGCACAGCAGCACGACUUGGCGUAAAAAAUCACGCCCAGCUUCACUUGAGUGUUCACUGACUGGACAAGUCGGUAGGGCGAUGAUUGUGCUGCUGGAAGGAGCUCAACCGAAUCAGCAAACCGUGGUGAAGGUAUCGAUCGGCAAGAGUCAAACCCUGUAUUCGAGUAUAACGCGCCGUGGGAAAGAUAAAAAUAAUGGAUUGCUCUCUAUUGGGAUCGUAAAUGUGGACAUUCCACAGCAUCCGGUCGCACUGCAUGGUAUGAUGACGAGAAGUUCGAAACAGAUUUCUUCGACGCUUCAGGAGCUAAGAGUGACGCGAACUUCGGCCCGACUGACGCGUCAGAAUGAAGAACCGGAAUCACCAUUGCAUCAUCAUCAGCGCGAUACCCGUGACAAGGCAACACCUUCCGCUACUACCAAUCAACGCAAACACAGCACAGCUACGGUACGAACGAUGACUGGUGCAAUGACAGGCGCGGCGGGAAGUAAUCCGAGUGGACUUCUUCAACCGCUCGUUAUGCAAUUCAACAUAAUAUUGCAGAGCUUGUCGAUAAGUGCUGCACUGCUACCAUCGCUCCAGGCACAGUAUAAAAUGGAUCAUGUAACGUCGACUGGUGUUACCGGAAGUAAGGCGAAAUUUACCGUCGAUCUACCGAAUCAUUCGCUUAGCUUUACGACCAAGAUACAAACCACAGAAACGAACCUGCCCUCGGAGGCUUGCAUCGCUCUGCCACCGGUUCACGUUAGUGCAGAAUAUGUACCGGAAAGUACAACCGAAGAGGUACCGAUCGAUGGUGUGGUGCUACGUCAGGGUGGUUAUCUUGCAGCAUCGGCCGAAAUCGGUGUUUUUGAGCGCUGUCUUACAACCGAUCUACUGAACCAUCUCGUGUUUGUACAGAAAGUGUUCAUGAAGGAAGUGAACGAAGUGGUGCAGAAGGUUUACGGCGGAGAAAAGCCGGUACCUCUCUGGCUGGAGGAAUCCGAAGACAAUGGAUCCACCAUCAAGCGUAUUCUGUUUUCGCUCAAUAUUCGCGUUAAGCGCAUUCAACUUACCGCAACAACACCCUGCUCAUCGGCCGUACGCUUUGAAACGGGACAGCUGGAACUGCACCUAUCGAAUCGUGUGAAAAACAUUGCAGACGCUUCCAAUACGAAGCUUUUCGGGAAGGCACAAAUCGAUCUGAACCUGUCCCUGGGACAGAUUAUAAAGAACAUCAUCUUUGACGAGGCAGAACCGGAAUUUCAACAGCAUGCCUUCUUCAACACCACAAUCGGGUUGAGGAAUGCGUUCCAAAAUGAAAUGCUAAACGAUGAUAAGGAGUUGGUGCUGAUCACGCUGAAACGGCCACUGAUCUAUGUGCAACCGAUAGCAGUCGAUAAAGCGAUACUGGUGUGGUUGAAUUACAAGAACGCGUAUGAGUAUUGGACGGAAAAACGGGCCAACCUCAACAAAGAAGUCCUAAUGGCAACGCAGCAAGUCCUGGAAAAGGUACCAUUCGGUCAGAUUAGUCAUCAUUUGGCAACGACGGCGAACCUUUCAACCCUAUUUCUGCAGCUAACGGUCGAAGAUAUGGGAAUUUGCUUGCCGCUAAAUCAACCUCCCCAGAUAUGGGGCAAUCGAUCGGUGCAAGAUUUCGAACAAAAGGGAGCCGUGGUUAUUACGCUCGAGAAUACAAUCAUCUCAGCCUGUAGUUCUGGAUCGCUCGUGUCGAAAGGACGCUUUGCUGGACUUUGCCUACGGUUUGCUGAGGACUUUGAUUCUUCACUCGACGAGUGGAAACCCAACAUGAACGAUUCGAGCAUCAUGAAUCUUUGCGUAGUUUCCGAAGGCACGUACGAAGUUUGUUCACGUACGAUUGCCGCCAAACAUCCGGACAAUGCGAAAUGGUUCCUAAACGUCAAAUGGCAGAUGGAAGGGGUAGACAUUCAUCUAGAUGUUAACAUAGGCAAACAGUUGUCAGCACUUGGACACACACUAACUAUGCUUACUGGAUCGGAAGAUGAUGAACCGAUAUCGUCCGAUACGCCCGAUAGUGACGACAUUGAUGCAUCCGGGCAUCAGGGUGGAAAGGAUUCGAAGUCACGCAAAUCGGUUGAUUCGUUACCAUCGUUCCUGUUCGAUACGACGCUGGAUCCGAAGAAACGAUCGCUGCUGAUGGAGAAUGAAAUCAACGAGCAGACGAAGAUCGUGAACGAUUUCCGUACGCUGGGUGCGUCAGCGAGAACGAUCGAGAAUGAGGAACGACGAUUGCAAGAACUGCAGGCGGUUUAUUACAAAUAUUUCCGCCGUGAUAUGAUACAGAAAUGGAAACGUCCAGCGAUGCGUAAACCAAUGUUAAAGGCGGCGAAUCGUUCCCGCUCCUUCGUUGCACCAUCACCGACCAGAGAGGACCUCAUCGACGCUGGUUGCAUCGAUGGAUCUAAUGGACACGUGGGUGCGAGCGUCGGUUGUGGUACCAGCAGUGUAAUGGAUGCCUUCACAGGUAGCGACGACAUGAGCAGUCUGCAAGAGUCACCCAAUUCGGGACCAUCUCGAACUGCAUCUUUAAGGGUAAAAAUUCCACCAAACUCUUCACGGGUAACAUUCAGUGAAACGAUGCGUCAAUCAUCGCUGCCCAGUGCCGAUUCGGAUGUGGCUGCCUAUUCGGAUUCUGGCCUGGACUGGCCCCGUUACGAUUCGAGCUCGGUUACGUCGGACGUACCACAUUUGCUCGAGAUCGAUGGGGAGCAGGUUGAGCUGCGCAAGAAGAGCCCGAGCCAUCCGCAGAAACAGCAAGAACCUAACAUAGAUUUCGAACUAGACAUAAAGGUACUGGUUAAUUCGGGCAAAUGUGUGCUGCAUACCAAAGAUAUUCAUGACGAGCGACUAUCAUCCACUAUGGCCGGUGGAAAUAAUAACAGUACUAAUGCUAAUGCUUCAAUGGCUGCUGGCAACAACGCUUCCAUGGCCGGUAAACAUCAUAAGCGUGAGCGUAGUACAGGUGGAGCGACAGACUGGGGUAGUCCUGUUCCUCCACGUCGUAAUAAGGAUAAAUCGCGGUUGAAGUACAACACGACACCAUACACGGCCCUGGUCGAUUUAACCAUAUUCCACAUUCCCGGACUGGAUGUAAAGCUUCAGUAUCAAUCGAAAACCGUCGGUAAUGACGAUGCUUCUCCGCGUCUUAGUACCACAGACCCGUUCGGAGUGUCACGCAAACUGGCAUCGAAACGAGCGACCCUGUUCGCCUGGAUGACGCUUCAAAGUAUCCCCGAGGAAACGAUCAUUUCGCCACAUAUUCUAGAAUUUUUGGAACAAACACUCGAACCAAUACCGUCCUCGAAGGGAACAGGUGGAGUGUCUGGUAUGAGUGGUAGUACCGUUGGUGCUAGUGGAGUCAACGGUAGUGGUGUUCCACCGUCUGGUGGAGGAGUUUCAAAUCCAGUCAAUCUACAGAUGCUGGAACAUAACUAUGCCGCUGUUUAUGCCAGUUUCCCCGUCGAUGUGGUGGUUUACUUCCACAUGCAACCGUCGACCUUCCGGUUCUCGUGUCUUCCGGUAUCACGCGUCGAGUGUAUGCUGCAGCUUCCCAGUCUGGACAUCAUCUUCAGCUCGAAUCGCCAGGAUGAUGAUACAUCCGGUGGGCAUACAGCGCCGGGCGAAUCAACGACAUUCCCGGGUGCAGAUGGGAAAGUAGCGGGAGGACUUAGCGUGACCGGAUGUUUGGCCGACUUUAACGUUUACAUCUUCCAUCCAUACGGAGGCAAAAAGAGCAAUCUGAAGGAAGCUCAUCAGUUCUCCCCGCUUGCCGACAGUGAGCGUAAGGACUCGCUGAGCAUUAAUGUGGAGUUUGUAAAAUUUCAUAUCACACGCUCGAAAAAGAUCAACAUUGUCGAAACAGGCUUAUUAACGUCACGCAAACAUUCCGACCAAGCUUCGAAGGCAACCAUCCGGUUUUCUACGAUCGUCGAUAUUGGUUCGGCAUCGUUUAAGUACGAUAUGCGUCGGUUAACGGAGAUCCUUGCAUUCCCGAAGGCAUGGUAUAGGAGAAGCAUCGUGCGACGCAUGUUCCUCGGGGACCUGGGCAUGCAGCAAACUAGUAUGUGUGAUCUCGAAAUACCAAUCAUACCGGAGGGAGGUAGCGUUGACGGUGUGUCGCGGACGAGCGAACGAGAAGCAUCGAUCGAUGUGGAGAGCAGGUUGGGAAGUCGAGGUGAAAAUUUAAAUCGGGAUCGGCUGCGACUGAGUCUGGAGAACAUCGGAAUGGGAACGGGCGGCAGUGGUGGCAGCAGUGCAUCUUCAACCGCACGGAUUAAGGAUCAAAAGUCUUCGAGUCUUGAUUCCACCUCAUCACCAUCGGAUGUCAAUCAGGUUACGUCCUGGGAAACGCUUGUUCUGUUUGCAAUCAACUUCACAAAAUUGAACGUUCAGAUGAACAUGGGCAAUGUGAUGGGAAAUAUAGUGUGGUUAACGAAGGCUUUCCGAAGCGAUGGAAGACUGAGUAUUGGUAGCACGGGACAUAAGAAUAUGUAUAUCGGAGUGGGUUUGGGUGGAUCCUCGCUGGAUGCGAAGGGUGGUAUCGUUGGUGGUACAAUCGAUCUUAAUCGUAUCGAUACGUACAUUCACAUACGUGAAGAUCCUGGCUCUGAACCGGAUCACAAGGUUGGCAUCAAGCUGAUGGCACUGGAGCUGAAAUUCGACUACAUGGGUACGAGCGUGUUGAUGACGCGCGUUAGUUCGUUAAAUGCACAGCUACGCGACGAAUGGAAGUUCUCCAAGGAUCAUGAUUUCGGCAACAAACUUCCAACCAACUAUCCUGCAAUCAUACUAAUCCACGGAGACCUAUCCUGGGAUCAACUGCAGAUGAUGAUUUCCAAGUCAACCACCGCAGACAUACUGAAGAUGUUCUACAAACUGGAGGAAUUCUUCUCACAGCAGUUCAAAUCGUCUAAGCGUGUGUUUUCAAGCCUGGAACCACGGCUCGCUAAUUCUUCCCUGAGAACUAGUGUGCGUCGUCGGGAGGAGAAAAAAUCUCUCGGAGGUGAUGCAUCGAUCCAUGACGCGCGACAUCAUCGACACUGGCAGCGACCACUGAAGCAAACCAAGGGACUAUGGUUGUCGACGUUGGGUGUACCGCUGUCCAACAUUGGUACCGUGCUCGGUGGUACGAUGGAACUGCACGGACAAAACAUUUCGCUUGCUUGCUUCCACGGUAUCAACUUUAAGGCAAAGUCGUGGGCUUUGUUCAGCCUGAAAGAACCGUGCAUCGAUUUUGCGACCGAGGCGCAACACGUUGAGUCAACGGAAGAGGUGCACAUCAUACAGACGCUAACGUUUGGGCUCGGUAUGAACAGUCAACAACCACCGCAACAUCACUCGAACGCGACUGUGGUGAGGAUGUCCAGGAAUGUCAUCUUUCCGCCUCAAUUUAAAACGUUGCACGAGUGGUUCCACUACGCUUUCGCCAACAGUGAAAUUGAUGGAGUUGAUCGUUUCCCGGUAAUUGAGCGUGACAAGGAGCACAACACGAACUCAAUUGAAAGAGCACGCGGGUCAGGUUCGGGUUCCGCACCUCAUCAGAAACUCCAGGACCCUAACCACAAUCGGGAGGUGAUCUUCGCUUUGCCAAGCUUGCAGCUUCACUUCAAGACAGAACACCUGCAAGGCAUCUCUACUCCUGAUACAGCGCAGGACAAACCAAUGGUGGAGUGUAGCUUCAUCACGGCGUUCGAGGAUCACAUCUUCGUAACGGUCGAUGCGGAUGCAUUUUUCUUCCUACACGAUCUCAUUACUUCUUACCUUAGCGAGAAAGAAAAAGUGCUCGGUACAAUUACCACCAAUCGAUCCUCUUCGCCUAAUCCUGCUAAUGUAACUCCACCACCACCAUCCGCAAGCGGAGCUACUGCCGGUCUUUCGGUACUGAAAUCGGGCGUUACGUUAAAAACGAGUACAUCCAACUUGAUGUCUGGGGCUGCGCCGUCUAUGUCAUCACUUGGCACCCAAGACUCGACCUCUAGUCAAUCGAUUGCAGCCAACGGUGGUAGUUCGGUAGAGUUGAAUGACGUUGGUGCUUCCCAAACAGCCGGAACAGCAACAACAUUGCUGGGAUCUAAAACAACCAUCCCUCGCCCGGUAGAUGAAGCAAAGAAAGCAAUUGGAAAUAACGUUUCCAGUCCUGCUACUGCGACAAGCAGCAGUAUUGGCGGAUCAGCUGCCGCAGGAAAGCAGGUGAACAUUGUGGUAGAAAAAUCGGACCUAGAAUCGUUUAUGCGAACCGAUUGGAGACAUUUUAACUGCAAAACAUGGCACCUGGAACCGACUGUACGAUUACUUUCGUGGGCCGGUAAAUCGAUCGAACCGUACGGGAUUGAUUACAUCCUAAACAAGCUAGGCUUCAGUCACGCUCGCACCACCAUCCCGAAAUGGCUGCAACGUGGUUUCAUGGAUCCGCUCGAUAAGGUCGAAGCACUGCUAAUGCUACAGUUGCUCCUGAUGGUGAAGGAUAAUGGGUCGUCGGACGAUAAGGAUUCGAGCAAAGAUAAAUGA